UCGUAAUGAACAGAUUUACAUAACGCUACAUAUAUGUACAUACAUACACUAUAUAAAAGAUAAAUCAGCUGGUUUCUAAUAAUUUUGAUUAAAAGUUAGUUAAAACCUGCAUGUUUAGCACAUGCAUAUGUAAAUUAUUAACAUUAUAGAAACCUACAUAGAUUGUGUUGGAUUCUGUAGAUUUGAACAUAAAUAAAAAUUUAUAUUUAUUACAGAUAAUAUAAGCGUAGCAUAAUAAUUUUAAGGUUGUAUUGCUGAAAUAAUUAAAAUUUAUCCUCUAACUUUCGUUUUUGGAACAGUUAUUUUGGAAUAUAAUUGGAAUUUAAUAAAUUAUAUUUUAAUACAUAUGUAUUUUCAAAUUUCAAGAAAGUCUAGAAAUUUAAAAUGGCAAGAGCUCUAACAUUUGUUACCGGAAAUGCUAAAAAACUUCAAGAACUAAUUGCCAUAUUGGGACCUGAUUUUCCUAGGAAAUUAGAAUCAAGAAAAAUUGAUUUACCCGAAUUGCAAGGUGAAAUUGAUGAAAUAUGUAAAAAAAAAUGCAAGGAAGCAGUACAAAAAGUAAAAGGUCCUGUGUUGGUUGAAGAUACAUGUUUAUGCUUCAAUUCUUUAAAAGGGUUACCUGGGCCAUAUAUCAAGUGGUUUUUGGAACGUCUCGGACCAGAGGGUUUAUUUAAGAUGCUUGAAGGGUGGGAUGAUAAAUCUGCCCAAGCAGUGUGUACCAUAGCUUACUGUGAGAGUGAAAAUGAUGAUGUAAUUUUAUUUCAAGGAAGAACUAAUGGAGAGAUAGUAUAUCCUCGAGGUCCUAGAGAUUUCGGAUGGGAUCCGUGCUUUCAACCUGAAGGUUACGAACAAACAUACGCUGAAAUGUCAAAAGAAGAAAAGAAUAAAAUAUCGCACAGGUUUAGGGCGCUAGAUAAAUUAAAAGAACAUUUCGAAUCUGAGGUCGAAAGAAAGAAAAUAAAAAUUAAAUAAUAACUUCCAAUAAAAUGAUUUAUAUCCUAAGUGCAGUAAUUUAUUUAGAAUUUUGUACGAACUACACAAUUUUUGCACCUUUCAAACACACAUUCGUUUUAAAACUUAUAUUUAACUCGGAUUAGACGUGUUUUUACUGAAAUAUUUAUACUUAGGAAUAAA